UUACCCGUAUUAGAAAAAGACCAUUCGCGGGUUAUAACCUGGUCUAACAUCUCAACCUAAUACAACGGAACAAAAACCAAACCGAUUAUUUUCUAAGAUGGCAUUGACUCUGUUGAACCACUUUUACUGGCAGAUCCCGGUAUGUUUCCUCGGUUUGUAUUUGUUGCGGAAUAAUAUUUGGGAGCAUUCGCUAUUACUGUUCGAUCGACCGGAUUUGGUUUGCCGUGUUGUUCGUUGCUGACCCACGUAAAAUGAUUUGCGGACGAAGGAUGCACUCCUGUUUUCGGUUUUCUAACAAAAUAUUUAACAACACCGUGCACCAACGAUGCUUCUCAGGAGGCCAAGGUCCCUUUUAUGAUUGCCGACGUUGUUAUUGUCGUGGCCAUGCGGUACGUCGACAAGGCCCUGACAGCAGAGAGAGAGCUCCAAGAAAUCCAGCAACAGCAAGCCCAGAAAACCCAAAAGAUGAACAAGGAAGAAAAACUUGCCCAAAAACAGGAGGCGCGGCACCAGCAGCACAAGAUGGCGCACACAUCCAAGCACGGAGGAGGAAACGGAGGCGCGGGGAAAAAGCAAAACUUCAACAUCAAGAGCGAUUAGUACUGUAUGUGUAUUGUAUGUCGCGGUAAUUGUCGAGUGAUCUUUCGAAGGUUUCUAGAGUACAACCAAUUUAUUGCAUCCAAAACGUGAUUCGCAAAUGAGAGUCGCUUUUUUUUGGAUAUACGUUACUCGAAAACACGAACUUGAAUUCAUCCCACCCUCUCUCUGCAGACUCUCUGCAGUGCUUUUCUCCUAUACCAUGGUUUGCUGUUUCUCAAAGCUCAUUUUCCAAUCUAUAGUAAUGAAUAGAUUCUAUUUUUCAUG